AUGGACGGCUCUGCAGCCCCCGGAGCCGGCGCCGCAAGCUCGGCAGCCCAGGCCCAAGCUCAACACGGCCAUGGCCAUGGCAAUGGAGGUCCUGCCUCCUCCAUGAGCCCGACAAGCCCUGUCUCCGUCCGGAGCCACGGCCUGUCCCAUGGCUCCGGCCUCGGUGGUGCCAAUGGCGCUGCAAAGCGCAAGAGGAGCUCUGUUGGCAUGGUUGGCAGCAGCCCUGGCAGUGAGAACGGUGACGACGACCUUGCCGGGGACCACCACGAGAAGAAGAGGCAACCGGGUGUCAAGAGAGCCUGCAACGAGUGUCGCCAACAGAAGUUGCGCUGCGAUGUUGUUCAAGACCCCUUCACGAGCUGCUCCAGAUGCGUCCGUCUCAAACUCGACUGCAAGAUCGAGUCCAACUUCAAGCGCGUCGGCAAGCGUAGCAAACAUGCAGAGAUGGAAAGGGAGAUAGAGAAACUGCGUCGUAAUGUCGCCAAGGCAAGGUCACAAGGCUUCAUUCCGGACGAGGACGACCCCAUCGAGUCCCAGCUGCAGUCUCCCGUUGUCGCCAGUGUGUAUUCCCACACCAGGCACCCUUCGCUCAUGGGGUCCGAUGAGGCUGUCUCAUCUCUGUUGCACCUAAAGCGCGGAGGCUCCUACAACGUGCCUCGCAUAUGCCGGGAGCUUGAGGAAGUCCGCUUGACUGAGGACGCCGAGGCCCAGCUGUUCGCCGAGUACUUCGCCCACUACGAUCAAUUUCUCCCCUUCCUCAAUCCUGCUCAGUCCCCCGACCAAUACUACGCGCAGCAUCCUCUACUGUACUGGGUCAUGAUCUCAGUCGCCGCGCGUCGAUACCAUCCUGAUCCUUCUCUCCUGGGGAAUCUCUCCGGGCCUCUGACGAAUCUGCUGUGGCAGACCAUUGGAGAUGUCCCCAGCAGCCACCAUGUCGUCAAGGCUCUUUGCCUCUUGUGUACAUGGCCGCUCCCCACAAGCACGUCCUCUUCAGACCCCACACAAAUUCUGUGUGGUGUGAUGAUGAAGGUUGCCACGCUCAUCGGCCUUCACAGGCCUCAUCACAUCAACGACUUCUCGCGUGUCAUCAUCGACCUGGACAACGAGCAGCUACAUGACCGUGUCAUGACGUGGGCUGUCACCAAUGUCGUUGCUCAGUCCAUCGGAACGGGCUACGGCCAACCCGCAUCGAGUCUGUAUGACUGGACACUGGCCAUCCGGCCCGGUGAAUCCGGCCCGUUCCAGCUUUCACCAGACCUUGAGGCUCGACUACAAAUUGAGCGAUUCUGUGACAAAGUGUCUAAGGAGAUGUACAGCAACGCCAGCGAUCCGCGAGGUGUCGCUGGCGACGAGCACCGAGCCAUGCUGAUGCGCGUGUAUCGCCGCGAAUACGGAGAGCUGCAGGCUUCGAUACUCUCUCGCAACCUGUCGAGAGUUGUGAACCUACACCUCAAAGCCGCCGGUCUCCACCUUCGACUGGCCGGUUUCUUCGAUUCACACAACACACCCGGAUACAUGGAUGAUCUGAUGGGUCUCUGGAGGGCCAGUUGCAGUUUUCUGGACUACGUCCUGGACAGCAAACCAACCUCUCCGCAUGACCCCCAUGGCGAGAGUGACCUGCUCCGAUACGCCACCAACUACAUCCAGCAGAUGCUGGUCGCCGCGGGCUUUGCUUUGCUGAAGCUUCUCCGGUCCUUCUUCGCCAAGUCAGUAGACUACGAACGCGGCCGCAUACUGUUCCACCGCACCAUCACAGCCAUUCGAUCAACCAGUGUUGUCCAGAACGACCUCAACUGGAGGCUCGCUGAGCUCAUGGUCCAGAUCUGGAACGGAGCCCGUAAUGAGAAGCGAAGCAAAUCCUACCAUGACGAGGACUCGGUGCAUGAGAUUGAUGACAGCUUGCAGCUGCAAGUGCGCUGCAGGCACAGCAUGAGUCUUGUCUACGACUCGAUCUGGCACUGGAGAGAAGAAUACCAAUCUCGUGGCCGAGGAAAUCUCGACUCGCUGAAACACCCCACGAAUCCAGAUUCCGCAGAGCACUCAUCGGCAUCAUCUACGCAUCUCGACCCUCCACUGAGUACAGCACAUGGCCUGCCGACAAGCCUCCUCACCGCUUCCAACGGGGCCUUGACCCCUAGUGGUGGCUCUGGCUUUGGCGGUGGCCAAGGCGGACUGGGUGGUUCCAAUUAUGAGCCGACCAACUACGACUUCUUCGACCCGCAGCACUGGAUGCUGGAUGGACUUAUGGACUUCAACUAUUCCUUCGUUCCGGAAAUGGGUGCUUAG